AUGAACAUUGCCCCGAACAUUCCACAAGCGAACGAAUUCCACGAUUACGUCAAUAGGAACUGGAUGAACGCUGACGCAAGGUACAGCCGGAAUAUUUGGAACCAAUAUGAUCGCCUAGACGAGGCGAGAACAAACAACGCUGUUGAGGGGUGGCAUCACAAACUGAACCAAUAUGUAGGCAAGGCCCACCAAAAUCUUUUUGAACUUUUGCAAUUUCUGAAGAAGGAGGAACUUUAUCAGCGCUCCGAACUUCACAGGCUAGAAGCUGGUGGCCGUCCUAAUCCAAGGAGACUGACAUAUAUCCGUCUUGAUCAGAGGCUCCAGAGGCUUAAAAUGCAGCUUGAAAACCGCCAACGAGACAUCAUGGGUUACGUCGAUGCUGUUAGACAUAUCAUAUGA